AUGUGGCCCUGCCUGCUGCUCGCUCUCGCCCUGAUGGGCACUGUCUCUGCAAGCCACCCUGCCCCCUGCCAGCUCCGGGGGCUCCCCGCUGGUGAGACCGCCCAGCUGCACUACGUGGUGGUGAAGAAGCUGCGCACCUACUCGGGCGCCCAGCGCUACUGCCAGGACGUGUACCGGGGCCAGCUGGUCUCGGUGCACAGCGCCGCCCGCAACCAGGAGCUGCAGAAACUGGCAAAAACCUACCACACCAUCAUCUCACCCUGGAUUGGAGCUGUCACCAGCCGCAGGGCGGGACAGUGUGAGUCCUACUGGGAGGACUCCAGCCCCUGGAACUAUGCGAACUGGGCACCCACCCACCCCUACGGUAUUGUCACCACCUGCACCACCCUCAGCAUCCGAGAUGGGCUCUGGCGAAGCCGCUUCUGCUUCCAGCUGCGCCCCUUCAUCUGCCAGUACUGAACUCCCAGCACUGCCAUGGCAUCCCAGUUCCUUUCCCAGUAAAGCAGAGAUGUCCUGA